CAUAGUAACUAACACGGCGCCGCCAAGCCCAACUCUCGUCGCGUCCCUACAUCGCCGGAGCGCAAUGGCCGCCGCCAGAAAGAUGAUAGCAUUCAAACGGUGGAUGAAGGAGCAAGGCGUAGAGUGGAGCGACGCCCUUCUCUUCGCAACCGAAAGCGGCUGCGCCGACGACUCGCCGCCGAUCUCCGUGGAGGCCUUAAGCGACUUGAAGGAGGGCGACGUCGUGGCGAAGAUCCCUAAGCAGAGCUGCCUCACCGUCGCCACUUCCGCCGCCAGCGAACUCAUCGAGGAGGCGGAGCUCGGCGGCAAUUUAGGGCUCUGCUUCGCCCUAAUGUACGAGAAGAUCCUCGACGCCGAUUCGAAGUGGUUCGAGUACUUGCAGAUACUGCCUAAUUUCGAGCCCAUUCCGCUGCUCUGGUCAAUCUCCGAAAUCGACUCUCUCCUCGCCGGAACUGAACUGCACAAGACAGUUAAAGAAGACAAGGCUCUGGUCUUUGAAGACUGGAAGGAAUGCAUAAAACCUGUUUUGGAGUUGGACUCUUUUGAGCUCAAGCCGGAAUCUUUCACCGUUGAUGAAUAUUUUGCUGCAAAGAGUCUAGUUGCUUCGAGGUCAUUUCAGGUCGAUGAGUAUCAUGGCUACGGCAUGGUCCCUUUGGCUGAUCUGUUUAAUCACAAAACAGCUGCUGAGGAUGUACAUAUUACAACUGAAUCUGAUAAUGACACCGGCAGUGAAAAGGAGGGUACUGACCACGAAAGUGAUGGAGAUGAUAGCACCUCCAGUGAAAAGGAGGGUAACGACCAUGAAAGUGAUGUAGAUGAUGAGCCGGUAACUCAUGAUUCUCAUUCGGAAGGAGGAGAUGGAAGUGGGAGUGACCUAGAACUUUCUUCGGGCUCAGGAAAUGAGUCUCCCUUCCUGGAAAUUAUCAUGAUCAAAGAUGUCAAAGCUGGAGCUGAGGUGUUCAAUACAUAUGGACAUUUAGGCAAUGCAGCCCUUCUGCAUAGAUAUGGAUUUACAGAAGCUGAUAAUCCCUUUGAUAUUCUGAACAUCGACUUGGAUAUUGUAGUCCAGUGGAGCUUAUCUCUGUUUUCAUGUCACCAAAGUAGAAGAAGGCUAUCAAUCUGGAGAAAGAUGGGGUACUCAGGAUGUGGCGAUCAAGAUUCCGAAUACUUUGAAAUCUCAUGUGACGGGGAGCCUCAAGACGAGCUGUUGGUAUUACUCUACAUAAUGCUGUUGCCCAAGGAUGAAUCCCGUGCACUUGAUCAAGCCGUGUCGGGUACAGGAGAAACAAACGCAGCAGCAAAGUUCCAGUUGUUAAAUAAGGAGAUCGUUCUGUCUGCCAAAGGCUCGGAUCCGAGCAAGAAACUGUUGCUGACGCCGGGCGUUGGGGUAGCUCUUUCUUCCCUUGCUGAUGCUAGAGAGAGUCUGUACGGGCCGAGUUCUCUGGAGGAAGACGUGAAAUCGCGAGACAGGUGCUGUCGUGCAACGGAGGGGAAGCUGUAUCAUUCGUUAAUGCUGCGUAUUAGUGAGAGGAGGAUACUUGAGAAACUCAGACGCUAUUCUGCAACUAUUGUAUCCGCUAAUGGAGGAAGAAAGAGGAAAGGAACAGAGACGCGACUGUGAUGGAACAGUGCAGUAAAACAGAUUCAUUGCUCCAGGUUUUAUUUAUGCCGGAAAAAAACUGGCCUUUUUUACAUUUUACGAGAAUAGGAGUUUCUUUCUCUUUAGAUUAUAACUUCUGGUUGACCUCAAUCUAUUCGAUUCAUACGAAUCAAAUCAUAAAUUAUCUACAA